AGUCGCGUAAGAGAAACCUCAAGCCAAGGCUGCGCACGCCGGACUCCGCUACGCAUCUGUCUCAGUUCGCGAGUUGUCGAGUAUAAAUUACACACUCCCGCUGUUUCUUGCGCCUCUUGACUGAGUUUAAGAGGAGAAAGAGCACCGCGAUGGACCGCGACGUGGCGCGCUUCGCCACGGUCUUCCUGGCGUCGCUGGUCGUCGCCGAGGCGACCUUGCCCGACGCCUACCGCCACGCGGCGUCGCACGUCACCCUGGCCCUGCUGUCGCUCGUCGUCGCAGACCUGGGCCUCGCCCUGCUGGACAGGAUCCUGCCCAGGAGGCUACUGCCGGACCUGGGCGGCAGGGCGGUGCUGGUCACAGGCUGUGACUCGGGGUUCGGCCAGCAGUGCGCCAGGCGUCUCGACGCCCUGGGCGUGACCGUGUACGCCGGCUGCCUUAUGCCACAAGGCACCGGCGCCGCCGCCCUCAAGGCAUCUACCUCGUCGAGGCUCCACAUCGUGCCCCUGGACGUCACCAAGGACGACAGUGUCCAAGCGGCCGUGCAGCUCGUGAAGGGCACCAUCGGCGACAAAGUGCUGUGGGCGGUGGUCAACAACGCUGGUGUCCUGAGCGUGGGAGAGCUCCACUGGACAUCCACGGAAGAGAUCAGCAAGGUGUUCGACGUGAACGUCUUCGGCAUGGUCCGCGUCACGAAAGCCUUCCUCGACAUGCUCAUCGAGUCCAAGGGCAGGGUUGUCUGCGUUGCCAGCGCCGCAGGUCGGUUGACUCUGUCGCCGCUGCUGGUCUACUGCAUGAGCAAGCACGCGGUAGUGGCCCUUGCCGACGGCCUCAGACUGCAGAUGAGAAAGUGGUCGGUCGGCGUGCACUGCAUCGAGCCGGUCAUCUACAAGACCAACUUGAGCGAAGAAAUCAACAUCAGGAGCGCUCUGAACAGAGGGUGGUCAAGUUGCCCAAGCGAAGUUCGUCAGCAGUACGGAGAGGAGUACUUCACCAACUACUCGGAUCGGAUCGUCAGCUUCUCGAUCCACACGUGCUUCAAGAACACGUCGGCGGUGGUGGACUCCAUGGUGGAUGCUGCCGUGGGCGCCAGCCCGAAGAUCACAUACUCCUGUGUACCGAGUGCAAUACUUUCGCUGAUUCCCAACAGUAUUAACGAUGCCAUUCAUAAACUCAUAUUACGAACGAAAUACCAGCCAGCUGCUUUAAACCCCAUUUGGAAGAAGAAAGUCAAAGAAUAGUCUUCUUAGAUUGUCGUCUACUGAUUAACACAUUACAUGAUGUAUUCUAUAAGGUGUCAUUAAAUCAUUAAAAAAAAAAAAAAAAA